UCCAUGGCAAAAGUGCACACAAACGGGCAACUAUUGUCAUUUCGCUAUGAAAAUGCUUCAUUUUAAGGACUUCUUCUGGAGCUCCGACUUGACCUGCACGAGUGGUUAUGACGUCAUCAUCCAGUACCUGAAUGACGGCAAGCGGACGUGCAAAGAAGUGGAGGAGUUCAUCAGGGCCAGGGCGUCCAUUGAGGAGAAAUACGCCAAAGAUCUGCAGGGUUUAUCCAAGAAGGUGUGUGGACAUAAUGAGAUGAACACAUUAAAACGAUCUCUGGACAUAUUCAAAUUACAGACGGAACAUGUGAUUCUGUCGCACUUACGUGUGGCACACAGCAUGAGGGAGGAGGUCAAGAAAAUGGAGGAGUUCCGGGAGAAACAAAAAGAAGCGAGAAAGAAGUUGGAACAACACAUGGAGGCUCUUCACAAGCACAAGAGUACUCAGCUCAAGAGAACUAUGGAGUCAAAGAGGACGUACGAGCAGAAGUGCAUCGAUAAAGAAGAAGCGGAACAGAAUGUGAACAGAUGCAGCAGCGGCACGAAGCACAUGGACAAGCUCUGCGCUAAAGCCCAGCAGGCCAAAGUGAAUGCAGAAGAAGCAGACAGGAUUUACCGUCAGAGUGUGAUGUCACUGGCCAAGAUCAGAGAUGAUUGGCUGAAGGAACACAUCAAAGCCUGCGAGGUGUUUGAGAAGCAGGCCGCUGACCGCAUCAAUUUUGUAAGAAACACAAUAUGGACUCACCUCAAUUUGCUGUCUCAGCAGUGUGUGAGCACAGACGAGCUGAAUGAGGAAGUGAGGAAGUCGCUGGAAAGAUGUAACAUCCAGGAAGAUAUUGAACAUUUUGUCAAGCUGCGACGCACUGGGGACAAACCGCCAGCUCCAGUCUUGUAUGAGAACUUCUACAGUGGUCAGAGAGUUCCACCUCAGUUACCUCCACCUCUCAUCAGGGCGCGCCCAUCCACCCAUCAAGGUAACAGAAAGAUGUUUUUUCCCCCUUUGUACUUUAUCUUGACUUAUGCUACUAUCAGAUAAAUGUGUGCUUUGUACUGUAGCAGCAGACGUGCAAGACGAAGGCUACAGUGUUGUUCACUUUUGAAGAAAUGGGCUGCGCUGCAUUGGGCAAUAACACUCUCCUGAUCCAAUAAGGUAUGCUUGGAAGAGUUUAGUGUGGAAGAAGGUCCUCCAAGACCUUUGGGAUUUACUAAAGGGGCCGCGUUCGGCACAACAGCUGUGAAAUUAGACACAUUUCCUUUCAUUUUAAUAGAACGGUGUCCCAAAAAGUUUGUACAUAUGGUGUAUUUCAAUGAAUCUUGUUGAAAUAAAAAAUGCUUUAUUCAGGC